AUGAGUUCUCAGGGGUUUUCAUUUCCGCCCCCUCCGCCACCACCACCGGCAGCAGCCCAGUCUGCUUAUCCGGCCCAGGGACAGCAUGGGCAUGGACAGCAACAUGGUCAGAACUGGGGACGAGGAGGUCAUCGAGGCCGGGGACGAGGACAAGGACAAGGGAAUCGAGGCCGUGGAGGGCAUUAUCAGGAAGGAGGACGGCCACCAUAUCCUAAUACCGGCUACAACUAUUCAUCCAACUAUGCCUAUCCAGCUCCGUCCGUCCCUGCAUCACCAUACAUGCCUCCCCCGCCAUAUCCUGGGCAAUCGCAAGGUUUUCAAAAUCCUCAAAAUCAACCCGCAUACCCACCGCAAUUUCCGCAGACGCCAGGAACCUACCAGCAACUACCAUACAAUACGCCGAACAUACCUCAGCCCUAUCCCCCGACUCCAACAUAUAUGACCGGUCUUCCGGCGCCUUCUCACGGCGCUCCGGCCAACCCAGCAAUGAUGGGAUCUUUGCCCUGGAACCCCGAAUUACCAGGCCCCGCGGGGUAUAUGCCAGGUCAACCACAGGCCCGAGGCCCACGCCCUCCCCAUGCACUCAACGGACACAACGGACCUAAACCGAAACAAGCCCAUAAGCGUGAUCACUCAUCUGCGUUCAGCAAACACUCCGCACCUCGAACCCCCGCAGCACCCGCUGUCCCAAGUUUCGGAAACCCUCUCCCAUCGAAGCCACCGCCAGCGGCAGACGCGAAUGGAAAUAAUCGCAAGCAGAAGAAGAGGAAGCGGAAGCACAACCAGCUGGGGCUGACCCCCAAGACUGAGGACCACGAAUCCAGCGAGGAUGACGAGGAUGCGGAUGAAGAAUCCAAGCUAGCACCAGGCGACUCGGACGCUGCGCCCCUUCAAUUUUCCUACAGAGGUCAAACAGCUACGCUACAAACGCCAUCGGAGAUCGCUGCUUGGAUCGCAGAACGAAAGAAGAAGUUCCCGACCAAGGCCCGGGUUGAGGAAAAGCAAAAAGUAGCGGACGAGGCAAAGGCGACCCGUGAAGCUGCCCGUCAGCAAAAGUACAAUGAACAGCAGGCGAAGCGAAAUGCUGAUCGCAAGCAAGGCGAUAAUAAUACAGACUCGCCUAAUAAGGCGGAUAAUCAGCGUAGGGCUGACAAGAUUCAGCGCAACCUGGAUCGGGAGCAGAAGCGGAUCGCCAAAGCAAUCGCCGAGGCUGAGGCGGCUCGUGUUCGGUUUGAAGCGCUCCAAAAGGAAGCCCUAAGUCUGAGUUCGGCAGCUCAGGGUUCAGCCGACAUCAAAGCGGAGCCGCAUGAUUUGCCUCCAAUUCCGAAUGAGCCUCCAAUUCCAGAGUCUCCAUCGGGGCCCCACGCGACAGAGGCGGAUGCGGAAGACUCGGAACAAAUCAUCAAAAUUGAGGAUCUCCCAGAUGGCGACGAUAUGGACAUGUCCGGCAGCGACUGGACCUCCUCGAGCGGUUCAGAAGCUGAUUCGGAUUCCGAAUCCGACAGCGACUCGGCGCCAGAGCAGGUCAGCUCACGUCGCACUGGCCCAGAGAGAGUCGCCCCGCCGCCCCGUGAAGGGAAGAAGACCACCUGCCGCUACUUUGCGCGCACCGGCCAGUGUAACCGCGGCGACCAAUGCAAAUUCCUUCAUGAGACACCUGAACGAGGCCCGAAACCCAAGGCUGAAAAGAAGGAGAAAGGACGCAAGGGACUAUACCAAGCCCUACUGGACCGACAAAAACAAGACGAAGACCACCGAGCUAUGGAAGUGAUCUCCUGGCUUGGACAAAACAAUAUGCUUGCGCCUCCCGAUACCCUAAAGCAAUGA